AUGCUUGUAGCUGAUCUUGGCACCCAGAUACUAUAUAGACUGUCAAACAACAUUCCUGUUUCUCCAUUUGAUUAUGAUGUCGUAAGUUUGUUCGUAUAUAGUGAUUCCUCAGUUUGUAAACAAAGUUCAACUGGCGGACAACACUUUUCUGGAUUUCCUGGAAAAAAUAAUCUCAAAGUAAGUUAUUUGGGAUCAAAUCUAUCCAACAGGUUUGGAAAAACCCAAAAUGCACUCCAAAUUUUGCCAUCAACCUCGCAUGCUGUGGUCCGUGUGUACAUGCAUCACAAGGAGGAAGCCCGCCUGCUAGAUAUUCUGCGUCAUCGCAAGUCCGAUACAUGCAUAUUUUUAGAUGAGGUAUCUGCGAAUUUAUUGCUUUGUCGCUUUUUGACAAAGAAGGAUUCGAAUUCGGCUCUAAGUGUGAUCUGGGAGCUCUGCCUGCAGUCUUAUCUAGAGGAAAAUAAUCUUCGAGCUUACCUUCUAUGUCAUUGGCUUGAAGCCAUCUCAUUAGCACUGCAAACAGACGAAAUUUUCACCAAAGAUACAGAAGAACUUCCACAAGAGGCAGAUGAAAAUGAAGAGAUGGACUUUCGACGAGUACCGUACGUACGCAAUCCCAACUACGAUGCAUGGUUCGACAUCGCUCGUCCACGUCUCCAGCUAGGCCACUGUUGUCUUUCUCUCGCAAGGGCUCUUGAGCGCGAUUGCAAUUCCUCCAAGAAAAAGGCUGUCUCGAGUACUUUGGCUGUGGUAUUGCCCCUUGUCCCAACUCUCAGACUGCUCGGGUUCGCUCUGACCGAAAGAACGAGUGAUUUGUUGUCUUGCCUUCGGAAAGCAGUGGAAUCUCCCGGCGAUUUCCCUGUGCUCGAUGAGCAAUGCCUCACUUACAUUGGACAGCUAAUCGAGUCUUGCGCCACACGCCCCGAGGAUGCGGACGUAAAACCCGGCGAACCGCUUCUUUUAAAGCCGUCCGAAGUUUCUGCAGCUCUGGAAACGUUCAAGGAUCUCUCAGGGAGCCUUAAGCCUACCGAGAAGACCCUACACACGGAGAUCGCCAACUUUGUGGCCACAACAACAGCUGACGAGACCAUUCUGGCCCAGGAGAAAGCGCAAGUAGAAGAACUUUAUAAUGAAUUCGCGACCACCCGAGAUGAAGUUUGGCGGCGAGAGAUCUCUAAGAUCCGACGCAAAAACGUAAUUCACAAAGUGAAGAGCAAACUGCGUGAACUUCUUGAUGAGGAGGAGCGCCUGACUUACUUCGAUAACCUCAGCACAAUUGAGCAUCGUGCAUGGCUUGCUCCACGCACCCGUCGAGAGCGCCAAUGGUCUCGCUUGAAGGAGUGGAAGCAGGAGUUGCAAGAACAUCAGGCCAAGAAACAGGGUUCUCGCGAGUCACUUUCUGAGGUGUAA